UGCUCCCAAGGAAGAGUCCAAAGAAGAAAAGGCUUAAGCUUCCCACAGUUACCGUCGAGUAGGACUCGCUUCGUGUCAGUCUUGAAAAGCGGUCUCUUAUGAUGGUUCGAUGAAAUGUCAAGGGCGAAUGGCGCACGGUUUACGGUUUACUCUCACGAAUGGCGGACGGCUUCAUGACGGAUUGCACCCAAAAGUUUUGACGAUUUCGAUGCGGUCUCUUUUUCCAGUGCCAGCUUACAAUCGCCUCAGAGGCAAGGCUGGUAUGACGAUCGGCUGGCUCCCACCUUUGUCCUUAUCUCGAUACUCGACUCCUUCACUGGACGUUGGGCGUCGCCCCAAACUCGAUCUACUGAGUUGGGUUUUAGUUUUUCCAUGCUUUCCCUUGAUUUGCUUCUGUAUCAUAGACUGCCUAGUCUGCAACGACAUGAUAUGGGUGGGUUCGUGGAGGGUUUUGUAGAGUUUGAUACCUCACAGCAGCUUCACAUCACAGGCUGGCUUACGUUCGGGUUUUUGACGUCUCGCCUCGUCGAGAGUGGAUAAUGAUGGUAGAAGCAUGGUGGAUGUGCAUACGAGUGUGGCGGCCAAGCGAGUGUUUCGCAUUUGGCCAGACUAGAUGGUUCAGGCGGAACAAGCUUUCAUGGAUAUAGCACAUGUAUGCAUUGCUUGUGCAAC